AGUCAGUUUUCCUUCGACCUGGUUCUCAUCAACAACACGACCUGCUCGCCGUGCUCACCCGUCGACUUGGACUCGGCAUUCUUCAUGGCAUGUUGUUUGGCCAAUCCAACGUGAGCCUGCCUUUGUUUCUCCAAAGUAAAGGUAUGCAAUUAGUUGCAAAUUGAAGGUUUGCCCUGCAUUAACAUUUUCAAUCAGUGCGUUUGCACACACGAUAUAAUUUUAGCUAUAAAUAAAUACAUCUUGAGAUCCUUCUCAGGCUAGAAUUUUAAUUAGGUCUUUCUUCAAGUUACUCCGAAAUUAAGCAGUUAAUUAGCAAUUUGCAAUAAUGGUUAUUUACAUAAACAUAACAUUGGAAUCUAUUCUUAGACAUGCGAACUUUAAACUUAACUGAGUGGUUUGAGAAAGUGAAGUCGUAAACCAAAUCUCAUUAAAUGAUUGGUGAAUCAUUGCCGACUCAAAGUAAGCUAAACAAUACACAGUACGUUUGAAGUAAUUGCAUUCGGUGCGCACCGCACUCAACCAACACUGGCUCAUUGCAAGGGAUUAGUGAACCGUGAAUAUUCAAUUGAAUUUGGAUUCAUUCAACGAAUCGACCCCUCCAUUACAAUAGAUAGUGAAGCAACUCGGUGGCACAUUACUCCCCUCGACAUUUAUCUGAAAUCUUUUAAACUCUGAAUUGUAGAGAGUGGGCAAUAAAUAGUGAAAGUAACUCUAGUGAAUGCGCAUAAUUGUAGUAGCAGCAACUACAAUCAAUACUGAGUAGCUGCUCCCAACACAAUUAAACAAUCCAAAUUCUCAUCGGCAGCGAACAUAAUUCGUAUUUAUCUCGACUCAUUAAAAAUUCUGCGCUACUGGAUCUCUCAAUUUUGGAGGACGAAGACACCUUGGGACACUCGACGGGGGAAUGCACGACUGACAUUUAAAAGAUAUCUUCCCAAGUCUCCAAGGGUCCAGCCUGUAUUUUUUCUUCACACACGAUCUCCAAGCUCUCAACUGGAAGUCAAGCUUGCAGUGAAGAUAUCGAGCGAUUUUUGCAAGUACUUGAGCAAAGGUUUGAAGAGGGGACACUUCCAUUCCGCACGUUCCUGUUGUAUCUCUCUUAAGGGAAAGGCCUGCUGCACCAACUUGCUGGACCAGCCCAAAAAGGAAGAAAAAGUUGGCCAUACUUGAUGAAAGUACUUAACUCGGCUCGUAUAUUAUUGAGGUUCUGGGCUAAACUCUGAACUAUGUGCAACACUGCUGGAGGAAGCAGAAGCCUGCCCACACACUCUGAAAGAGGAAUAUUAAUGAAAUGAAGUUGGCUGAAUAAAAUAGGUGCCUAAAUCACACACAAGUUGAAGAACCAGCAGUGCACCCGCCCAGCAUUCCAGCCAAAAUUAUGUGCAACGAGAUAUAACGGGGCACAUAUAAAUGGAAAAAUCAUAAUCUCCUCAUUUAUUCAGAAGCCUUGGUCUUUGUGGACGUAACGGUAAUCUGGGUCGAUUCCCCUCUCAGCAUUCACAACUGCUCCGGAUGGAUGCCGAGGCUCUUUUUAGACAUUAAAUUACUUCAUUUUCAAGAGGAAAGUGUUUCAUUCAUCCUUAUCUGCGCUGUUAUCUAUAUCUUAUCUGACCCUUUCAUAACAUAACCACAAGACAAUUUCAAAACACAGCAAAUCUUCAUUCAUGAACGAUAUAUAAGCAGCCAAAUCGGGGUCCAUGCCAAAUUGCAGACCAGCAUCGAGUGCAAGGACGUUGUUGUUCUUGUUUCAAAGGCUUUCUACGUGGAGCAAAAGUGAUUCCCAAACAGAGUCAAACUAAUCAUCCUAAUUGACAAAAGACAGCUCGAUUGUGCGGGCUAUGUUGACGGAGUGAAGGGGAAGCGGAAUUGGGGCAUUAAGGUUAUCUUUGGGUACAUUACCUAUAAUUGACUGCAAAGAAUUGCUUCCUAAUCAUCAGCAUAGAGGAGUGAAGUGCGAAAAGAAAGAGAGAGAAAGUAGGAUCCCUUGGGGGCUACAGAAAGGAUAAAAGUAUUGCUCAAAGUGCUUCUGGAGGAGCAAAGUUUGGAAAAGUUGUGGAGAAAGAGAGAGGAAAAAGUGGGAGAGGGAGGAAAGAGAUGAUUUGAUACUUGUGUGAUGCGAUAUGAUGAUGAUGGUGUGGAUGAGAAGGUGCAAGCAGGGCUGAGGCUGCUCAAGCUCUCUGUGUUUGAGUGAAGUUGGGAAAGGACAAGUUAGACAAGACUGUGAAUAUGAAAAAUUGCUAAUCUGCUUGAUGGAAAAAAGGACCAGGAUAUUUCUACCCUACGAAAAACUUGGCUGCACUGACUGAUAGAACUAUCACACGGAAAAAGAGAAAGAGAGGACAAACGAACGACCCACCGAACAUCGGCACGAUACGAUUCUUCUCCUACUCUACAAAUCCGACGACCAAGUCAGUGAGAAUUCACUAACUAAUGUUACAACCAUCAUCCACAAGCUAUAACAAUAUAGUUCAAGGAAAGUGGUGAACAUUGAGCGAAACAAAGCAAAGGGCCCACACCAGACCAGACCGAGUGUGUGGUGUAGCAAAUACUUUCCCUUUAUAGGUGUAUGUGUAUGCCUUGGUAUUCUCGUGUGCUGAAUGAGUAGUGAAGAAACACGAAAACUGUUCUUGGUGUGAGGUGUGGGAUGAACUUAUUCAGAGGAGAAGCACCUCGAGAAAGCUGGCCGACGUAGAGAUAGUAUAACGACAUAAAGCUGCCACUGCACCUUCAGUCCGCGGCUGCAGCAGUAGUGUAAUAACAGUGGAGGACGUCUAUAUCGUAAUUCUUUCCCCGUAUAUCUCCACGAAUCUGGAGUAAGUGAGUCGAGUGUGUACUUUCUCUAUGAAAUAAGACGACAUGAAGAAAAAAUCUUGGGAGACGUGCUCAGGCAAGUGCUCCCAACGAAAUUCCAACAACAGCAGACCCACCACCACCAAAUGCAGCAGCAGAAACAAGUCUCCGUUAUGUAAAAGAAGCAGCAUCAGCCGAGAUGGUUGUGUAAGAGACGAUUGGAGUCCAAGUCCGAUUUCAGCUUCAGAAUCCUCAGACAUUUCAGACUCUGGUGGUGGCGGUGGUGGAGGCGGGAUGGAGACAUUGCUAAGCUUUGGUGGAAUAAAAAUGAGGAAAAGUGUCAACUGUCCCCAUCAAAAACUGGGUGGAACGACAUUACUUAAUUCUAAAGUGAAUGUGCUUGUGCAAAUUCUUGCCAUUUUACUCGCCACUUUCUCCACCAUUCCCACCGUUGAAGGGAUCGGGAAGCCAAUUCCUACAAUUGAUAUCCAAUCGGUGGAAAAAGGAACUGCCAACUUACCCUGUGAUAUUUCGCUACCGGAACCUCACGAUCCCACAGAUGACGUAAUGUUGGUAUUAUGGUACCGAGAGGAUCUGGGUCGACCAAUUUACAGCGUCGACUCCCGUGACCGACCCUUCAACGAAGCAGAGAGAUGGUCAGAUGAAAAUGUUUUUGGAAAUCGGGCUUACUUUCGGCUCAGCUCUCGUCCAGCCAUUCUCGCCAUAGAAAACGUCGUCGAGGGUGACGCUGCUGUUUACAGAUGCCGGGUUGACUUCCGACUUGCCCAAACGAGGAAUGUCAAAGUCAACCUGACCGUUAUAGUUCCCCCAAAGGACCCGGUGAUAGUGGAUGAAACUGGGUCGGAGCGUACAAUCUUUGUGGGUCCUUACACGGAAGGUUCCGCUCUUACUCUGCACUGUCUCGUGGAAGGAGGCUCCCCUCUUCCACGGGUUGUUUGGUACAGAAACGGAAAGCUGAUCGACACCAGCGAUUACUUUGCCGACGGACUCGUGAAGAAUGAUCUCACCAUCACGGUCCUCGCUCGGUCCGACCUAUCUGCCGAAUUAACAUGCGAAGCGUCAAAUAACAACAUAAGCCGACCUCUGGCUACCACCGUCCAUUUGGAUAUGAACUUUAGUCCACUGGAAGUGACCAUUUUGGGGAAAAGCAGUCGAAUAACGGCAGGGAAGAAGUAUGACCUAAUGUGUCAGUCUGUCGGAUCACGCCCACCCGCUCACAUUUGGUGGUUUUUGGACGACAAAAGAGUGGAAAGUGCGAAAGAAACGACAUCAAAGGACGGCAACACAACUACGAGCACGCUCUCACUAAUUCCGAAAAAAGAAGAUUCUGGGAAAUAUCUUUCCUGCAGAGCUGAAAACUCAAUAAUUCCGAGCAAGGUAUUGGAGGACGGAUGGGAACUUGUAAUCCAAUAUAUGCCCGAGGCAAGGCUUCAGUUGGGAUCAUCGUUGAGUGGAUCGUUCAUAAAGGAGUCAUCUGACGUGUAUUUCGACUGUUUGAUCUCCGCCUUCCCCGUCGUUAGCCAGGUCAACUGGAGGCACAAUGGCAAAAUGUUGUAUCACAACAUCAGUGCUGGAAUUAUAAUGACGAACCAGAGUUUAGUUCUGCAGAGAGUGACGCGUUUGUCUGCAGGUAAUUAUUCCUGUAUUGGACGAAACUCUGAAGGAGAAGGCUCAAGCCCACCGUUCUAUUUGGACGUUCUGUAUGCGCCAUCAUGCAAGCCAAACCAAAUCCGCGUCCAUGGCGUCGCCAAAUUGGAAAACGCAAACAUUACCUGCGACGUGGAUGCGAAUCCCCAAAAAGUACAAUUUCGGUGGAGUUUUAACAAUUCUGCAGAAAGUUUAGAAGUCCCCUCGCAACGAUUCAGAAGCGUUGGGACACGUAGUGUCGUCACCUAUACACCGAUGACUGAGCUGGACUAUGGAACGCUACUUUGCUGGGCAAGUAACAAAAUCGGGGACCAACGCGUGCCAUGCGUUUAUCACGUUAUAGCAGCUGGACGACCAGACACGGUGCACAAUUGUACUGUUGCCAAUCACUCAACUGAUUCGUUCUUCCUCUACUGUACUGAGGGCUUUAAUGGUGGCCUUCCACAGUCCUUCAUCCUCGAGUUGAGGGAGUCACAAAGUGACAAACUUAAAGCAAACCUAACGUCGCACGUCCCAGCGUUUGCUGUAGCUGGCUUAGAACCGGGUUUCACUUUCACCGCAUCCGUGUACGCAUUCAACAACAAGGGUCGGUCAGAAGCUGCUUCGGUUACAGUAUACACAAUGAGACUUCCUGAGAAAAUACUCACCCGAGAAAAAGAAAUACCACGAAGCAGUGCACACUUCCAACUUUCUCCAACUGUCAGCAUUCUCAUCGGAGUUCUUACUGCCUUGUCCAUUGUCUCAAUAGUAAUUCUACUUCUUCGCGUGUACUGCACACGACGAAGAAGUCAUGAUCGUAGGCGUCGUGAUAAGGCUGCAACCACUCCGCUCAAAAUAGAUGCUCCUGAUGGCUGUGAUGCGGACGAGAAGAAUCCUGACGUCAUCCCGCAAGAUCCCGACGAGGUAGAAUACUACCGAAAACGUCAGCAACACAUAUCUGUUUCGACGAUUGAUACCUCCUCCCCAGCCCGCGUUACCCCUGGGGGUCUUCCCAACUACUGCACGCUCCGCAACGGAGGAAUCCCUCUUCAAGACCUCAACAAUAUUGGGACGCACAUUGGAACUCGGCCAAAUUUCAUGGGACCUGAGUACGGGUCACCAGGAUUUGGUGCCUGUCCAACCCUUCCUCGCCAUCAUCAUGGACACGGCUUGUCCACUAAUGUCAGUGCUUCCACUCAUCCUCAACAUAUGUUGGUGGACAGUACUUGCAUAACGGGUCACAUGGAGUGGCCCACGUACGUAGGGAGAGAAGGUAGACAGCAGCGCCUUAUAGGUGGUCCCACCAACAUCCCACCCCCACCACAUUUGCCAGGAGGGCAGAACCCCCGAGCCCUAAGUACUUUUCAUCGUACUUCAUCGCCCGCCGGAAUAUCGUCCCAAAGUGCGUCCACCCAACUGAACGCUUAUGAUAUGCCUCCAUUACUCCAAAUCCCUACGUUGGAAGAGGAAAGUGAAACCAUUUCCGAACUUCCUUUGAUGCAAGACAAAAUUGAGAGCACUGUGUGAACUAGUGCUCCAUUUAAACAUUUUUAGUGUGGUUCAGAUGGUGCUUGCCCGCCCAGCAACUACUUUGACCCCUCAAGGCAAGGAGGACGAGGAGAAAGUUGAACUAUAUUCGAUUACAACUUUGAUAACGGAAGCAAAGAUGUUUCGACAUGACUUUCUCCAACUUUAACCACAACCAAUCUCCACUGCACCGUUAUGUGCGUGCUCCCCCACCCACCUUAACUCCAGUAUCUCCCACCUCACCCCUGUUCGUUGGUAAUCAGCAGUGUACUGAUUAUUUAUAAUAAUGUAUAAUAUCUAAAAUACUUAAAUAUAAUACAACUAAUCUAACAAUAAUGUGUAGCUUAAAUACAUAUAUAAAAUUCAUAAUAUUUUCCAUCCAAUACAGAUAAUGUAACGUAGUGGGACCUUAUGUUCGAGAUACGAUUUCAAGUUAUGUUCUCUCAGUGAGUUGAAAUGUACAUAAAUACUAAAAAAUCCAAUAUACGUGUUUAUCUUUGUAUUUGCAUCAUGUCAGGGAUAAUAGUUUAUUAAAUCAUUAUGUAAUCGAUAAAACGAUUUAUUAUUAAAAAAAACUAAUAUUGAAAUCAAAA